AUGCCUCUUUGGAACAUUUAUCACACUGAGGGCACCUUUGCCUCCCAAGAGAUCCGAAACAAGUUCGCCCAAGACAUCACCAAGAUCUACUCUCGCGGCGAAAACGGCCUUCCCGCUUUCUACGUCGUCGUUCAAUUCAUCCCCCUUCCCACGGGCCAUGUUUUUGUUGGUGGCGAAGCCAGAGACGAGAAGCCUUUUGUUCGACUGGUUAUCCAGCACAUGGCUGUUCACAGUCAUGAGGGUGUUCACAUGGAGGAUUUCCCUAAACAGUUCAGCGAUUACAUCAACGCUACGAUCAAGCCAUACAUCGCUGAUAAGGGCUACGACUGGGAGAUUACCGUUACUGAUACUCAGCGCGAGUUUUGGAGGUUUAAUGGAAUUGCGCCGCCUCCUUGGAGGAGUAAGGCUGAGAGGGUUUGGGCUCGAGAUGGUCGCCCUUCGGAAUGGGAGGAGGAAUAA